GUGACGAUUGGUUGCAAUGUGGUUGUUAUGGUUUCUGAUCGGAGAUCCCGCCCUCUCUUGUCCAUGAAUGAUCCGUGAGGGUGGGGAUGUGAUGGCGGCGAUGGGCAUUGCAGCUGGUGAAGGAAAAAAAGACUGGAUAUUGGAGCCCCUCUCCUUGCCAGAGUCUCCGUGUUGCAAUUCUGAUGAGCUCACAUCCUUGAUAUUACCUUGCAUAUUUUGUGAAGUUAGUUAUCCUGCAGAAGAUCAACAAAACCUGCUCAGACAUAUGAUUGUCGAACAUAAAUUGGUGAUAGCUGAUGUGAAGCUCAUUGCUGAUUUCAAGAGGUACAUUUUGUAUUGGAAGAAAAGGUUUAUUGAGCAACCAGUAACAGAUUUUUGUACUGUAAUAAGAACAAACGCCCAAGGUCCUGAAGAGAACCAAGUGGAGUACUACCUUCUCUGUGAUGUUUUACCUGAAGACAGAGUGCUUAGAGAGCAGCUUCAGCAAAAAAGACUAGAAGAGGUUUUGGAACAGCAACAACAGGAAAGGAAUGACAGCAACUUUGCCCAUAUCUGUAUGUUUUGUAGUGAAGAAUUUGCAGGAAACAGGGCUAUUCUGUUCAACCACAUGGCGAAAGAUCAUUCUUUUAAUGUGGGCUUACCAGACAAUAUUGUGUACUGUAAUGAAUUCCUGGAUUUGGUGCAGAAAAAGAUGGAUAAUUUACAGUGUUUAUAUUGUGAGAAAACAUUCCGUGACAAAAAUACUCUCAAAGAUCAUAUGAGGAAAAAGCAGCAUCGCAGAAUCAAUGCCAAAAAUCAUGAAUAUGACAAAUUUUACACCAUUAACUAUCUGGAACUUGGAAAGAACUGGGAGGAAGUUCAAUCUGAAGAUGACAGAGAAAUGAUAGAGCAAGAUGAUGAUUGGUCAGAUUGGCAAGAUCAUCCAGUAUGUGUUGUUUGCCUCUUCUGUGAGAAAGCAAAAGAUACAACUGAAAAACUGGAAAUUCACAUGAAGGUAGCCCAUCAAUUUGACUUUCCAAAAUUGAAGUCUAAAAUGGGUUUAAAUUUCUACCAACAGGUAAAAUUAGUAAAUUUUAUCAGAAGAGAAAUUCACCAGUGCCGAUGCAAUAAGUGUGGGGAAGCAUUUAGCUCAAAAGCAGAUGUUGUCAGCCAUAUGACUGAGACAAACCACAUUAUGUCAAUGCUAGACAAAUCUGCCUGGGAUCAACCACAGUAUUAUUUUCCUACUUAUGAAAAUGAUGCUCUUCUUUGCUCCCUGUCUGACUGGGAGAGUGAAUCUAUGGAUGACAACCAAGCGACAAAUGUUCCUGUCAUUGCAGAAGAUAUUUCAAACUUGCAAGCUUUGAAAAAAAAUAGCAUUUUAAAUUGUUUGCACAACCCAGAUACCAAGAACUAAUAUUCGUUCUUUCUCUAAACAAAGAGAACCAUCAUUUCGUGAAUUCACCAGUGGCAGCUUAUAACUAGACAACAUCAAUUGUCCGAGUAUAGAGGAAUCUCUAUUAUCUGAAGGACACAGGCGGGCAGGAUUUCAUUCAGUCAAUUGAAUGCUGGAUAACAUAGUUUAGCCAAGCGUCGGGACCUUGUGAUCUUACUGGAUAAGUCAAUAUUCAGAUAAUCGAAUGCCGGAUAAUCAAGGUUCCUCUGUACUUGUAUGAUUUGACUGUGAUUAGUUAAUCUGCUCAGCAAAACUGAGGUAUUCUGGUAGUGCUCCUGCUGAACAUCCAGGUGCUUGGAGCUCAUCGGAUAAUUCAUAAGCAACAAAAUUUUACUUGAAUAUAAUCAUGACAUUCUGCUGGUCUUGAGCUACUUGGUUUAGACCGGAACAAAACAUUUUUGAAAUAAUUUGAUUAUUUGUAAUUUGUCAGAUCUUUUAAUCUUCCCUAUUGGUUUUGUGAAUUGUUUCCCUUCACACUAUAUAUGUCUAAUUGAGAUUUAAUAUGAAAGAGUGAUCUAGCCAGGGAGAAAGCAUUCAAAGUAUGUUUCUGAACUGCUAAAAUUGAAAUGAAGAAUUCAUUUUUGAAAUUUCUGAAGAAGGUUUGGGAGGACUUGAAACAUAAAAUCGGUUUCUCUCUACAAAAGCUGCUGCCAGAACUGCUGAACUUCUCCAGCAUUUUUAUUUUUAUUGCUUCAUUGCUUAUUGUUUUGUUUUUGUUGAACAGUUCAUUGACUUGGCCAAUAAAUUACUUUUGACAACUGA